AUGUGGCUGCAUUUGCAGGUGUACGUCGCCCACCUGGACCCGCGUGCAUCAGAGGAGGACGUGCGGGCGAUGUUCAGCCCCUUCGGCCCAGUGCUCAACGUGCGCAUCAUCGUGGACCGCGAGACCGGCCAGUCCAAGGGCUAUGGCUUCGUCACCAUGUCCGCACCGGGCCAGGCGCAGGCAGCCAUCACAGGCCUCAACGGCUACAAGAUGGGCGAAAAGACGCUCACCGUAAAAAUGGCCGGCAAUCGG